AUGAAAAUUUAUGGGCCUUUAGAAGCUGCUCUUUUACCCUCACAAGACAAAAGAGCCUUAGCCAAUGAAAGAUAUAAGUCUCAGAUUUGUCACAGGAAGAGCACCCUUAAAGAGGAAACCCUAACUGCUGCAACAGAGACACAAAGUGAGAGAGAUAGAGAGAUAGGGGUGUGGAAACUGAUAAUUAAGUGGCAAAAGCUUAUGAGGGAGAGAAGGCAAACAGCAUUGAGUGGAUGGAGAAGGAAUGGAUGCAAAAGACAAAGUUUGGACAAGGUUUCAGCCAUGAUAGAUAGCUUAAGCAAAGACCUUUAUAAAUUUGUUUUGCUUGAAGAGUAA